UUAUCCUGCCGCGCCUGACUGCCAUAGCAACGGCCAACAACCACUCGACAAACGAGACCCGGCGGAGGGAUAUCGCCAUGCAGCUGUUUGAGGCCUACAGCGCACUAUCCUGUGGUUUCCUAGGUGAACAGUUGAUUGCUGAGACCAUGCUGCCUGGCCUGCGCAGCCUGAAAGUCGACAUGGAAGCCAUUGCUGCUGAUCAUCAGGAAGUGGUUGCUGCCAUGAUACGAGACUAUCAGAACAAGCUAGAAGCCAGAACUGUUACUCCAAGUUCCACAGACGACCUCAAGGCCACAGUUAUGUCAAAGAUCAAGGACACCACAUCAAAAGCCAACAUAGGCAACAUCUUCACCCGAAAAAAGUGA